AUGCCCGGCAGAACGCGGCGCGUCCGCUUGCUGGCCGUGGUCGUGUGCAUCGUCACCGUCUUCUUCCUCUACACCCGCAACGAGGCACGCGUGGGCGAGUACGCCGACUAUGUUAGAGGCAAGACGGCCAUUGGAGGCGGAGCUGUACUUCGAGGGGGAGAGAAACAGGAACCCAUACAGGAGCCUUCACUCCCUGACGCGAGACCCGAGACCAAAGCGGCAGUUGCAGAGGCUCAGGAGACCGCUGCAGGCUGGCGGGAUGACGUCCUUGACAUCGCAGAACCCACGACGACGCCGCCGCCGACAACGAUAGCGAAAGCUCGGCCGACGGAGGAGAGCACGACUGUACCUUAUGUCCCUUCGUUCGAUGACCCAGAAGAGCUGCCGAUUGAGGUUGGAAAUGGGAGAGUCGAGGAGGACUAUGAUCCAUACAUUCAUACGUCGACAUAUGUACCCAUACACUGGUCGAAGCUCUCUGAGAAGUUCCCAGUGACAUCGACGAUACAGCUCCCUACUGGGAAGCCCAGCGCGAUACCGAGGGUACAGAAGCAAGGACAGGGCACAGCAGAUGCUCAAAGACUUGCGGCGGUGAAAGAGGCGGCUAGAUGGGCAUGGAAGGGUUUCCGCGAGAAUGGCUGGGAUUACGACGAGGUCAAGCCGAUUUCUGGUGUUGGAUCGAACACCUUCAACGGUUGGGGCGCAACGUUGGUGGACUCGUUGGAUACACUGUGGAUUAUGGGCUUGAGAGACGAGUUUGAGGAUGCCGUGAAUAAGACGAGCCAGAUUGACUUCACAACAUCAAGUCGGAACGACAUCCCGAUGUUCGAAGUCACCAUCAGAUAUCUUGGUGGCUUGCUUGGAGCAUACGAUGUGUCUGGAAGGAAGUACAAAGUCUUGCUGGACAAAGCUGUUGAGCUUGCCGAGAUCCUGUACAGCGCUUUCGACACGCCGAACCGCAUGCCCGAGACAUACUACUACUGGAAGCCAACCUUUGCCACGAAUGCUCACCGCGCGAGCACGAGAGUUGUCAUGGCCGAGCUGGGUACUUUGAGUUUGGAGUUCACGAGGUUGGCACAGUUGACAUUGGAGCCCAAGUACUACGAUGCGAUCGCGCGAAUCACGGAUGAGUUUGAGAAGUGGCAGAACAACACGAGACUACCCGGAAUGUGGCCGACGAUUAUGGAUGCAAGUGGUUGCGAGAAGCCGGUUUACCAUCCUCCAGCAGCCCACCAAGUACCGAUACCAGGCGGAAACACCUACACGACUACUACAGAGCCAAUUCAAGUCAAUCCCAAAGUGCAAAAGGCUGCCGAAGACGCUCUGAACGAUUCGAAAGCGGGAGCGAAGUAUACUGGCCAGGGUGGAGGUGAUGAAGUCGUGAACCCACAGGUGUAUACUGGCGCUGCUGGUGCCGCUGAUGGCUCGCGUCGUCCAAUGCAAGACGAGUACAUUCCCAAUGGCUUUGGCAGUGGUGCUGCGGGUGGCAAGGCAUCGAAUGAGCAUAACGCGAAGGAACCACUCCGUCACGAUACUCGGCCUGGCUCUGGCGUGGAUGCCGCCUCGGACUAUGGCAAGGGAGACCGCGAGCCUCUCCCUCCGAAGGGUGGGGCCGGUGAUCUGAACAAGCGUCAACUCGAAGACUACGGUGAGACGGUUGCGCCGGCUGAGACGAAGCCCAAGAACACCACAUCUAUCACCAAGCCCCAGCAUAAGCAAGGCCUGCGUCAGCUCGAAUACGACGGCACGGCGGAAGAGCCUGAAGAGAUGUGCAUCACUCAGGGUUUUGCUUCCAGUAGUAAGAACGCUCCGGAGACAUUCAGCCUUGGCGGACAGAGCGACAGUACAUACGAAUACCUACCCAAGGAGUUCCUCCUGCUUGGCGGCCUUGUUCCUCAGUACAAGAGCAUGUACCUCGACAGCAUGAAGCCCAUUGUCGAAAAGCUCAUCUUUCGACCAAUGACACCAGACAACCUCGACAUCUUGAUCUCUGGUGAGGUCCGGACUUCGAAAAACUACACCACCGACGAAUGGCACGAGACUCAUGUUGCCAAGAACGAGCAUCUGACAUGCUUCGUUGGUGGUAUGAUUGGCAUGGGUGGCAAGAUUUUCGAAAUUCCAGAGCAUGUGGAGAUUGGCCGCAAGCUCACUGAUGGUUGUAUCUGGUCGUACAAUGUGACUGGCAGUGGCAUUAUGCCUGAGUCAUAUAUGCUUUCUGCUUGCGACAGCUGGACGGACUGCAAGUGGAACCAGACCAAGUACGAGGAUGAUCUUGAUCCGUAUUCAGAGUUCCGCGCAGACCAGCGAGAGGAUUUCAAGGAGACGUACGGUAUCGAUGACCUUGAUGCAUAUGAGGAGGAGCUCGCUGUUGCUAGCAAGUCUGCUGCUGCUGGCCUGGCUGCAGCCACUUCCGAGGUUAAAGCACCAUCCCCAGCUGAGCUCAACGCUGCUGAAGACGCGCACACCUUUGGCGAGUUCGGUGGCACAGGCAAACUGAGGAAACGACAGCAGGUUGAUGAUCGUGUCGCAAUGAGCGGUGCUCCACCGCUUCCUCAACCAAAACCCAAAAAGGCUCCUACCACAACAGCCGACUCUGCAGACUUCGCCGCCGCCGCCGACUCAGACAAGAUAUGGACCAAUGACAACACUCCCUACACCAGCGGCACGCCCACCAUCUCAGACGAUGAAGAGCCCGUCCCAGCUGCCCCAGUCCGUCCGGCCUACACACCACCGCCUCCAAUGACCCACAAACAAUACGUCGAGCACAAAAUCGAAAUGGAACGUCUCCCCAAAGGCUUCGUCCGCCUCGACUCCAAAUCCUACAUCCUCCGCCCCGAAGCCAUCGAAUCAGUCUUCUACAUGUACCGCAUAACCGGCGAGCAGUACUGGCGCGACCGCGGUUGGGAAAUGUUCAUGGCGAUUGAGAAAGCCACGCAUGCGCCGUAUGGACACUCGCGGAUCGAUGAUGUGACGAAGGAGGUCCCGGAUCAGACAGAUGGGAUGGAGAGUUUCUGGAUCGCGGAGACGUUGAAGUAUUUCUACCUUUUGUUCGAUGAGCCGGACAGGUGGAGUUUGGAUGAUUGGGUGCUGAAUACCGAGGCGCAUUUCUUUAGACGGCCGGAUUCGGGCAGUGCGUGA